AUGACGACCGGGCCAGAGAGCGCCCUCGGAGGACAGAGCUGGACGCCGCCGCCGCCUCAAGUAAUCAUACGUAUUCGAUUUGAGGCAAGGGAAUUUGGAGAAAAUUACAGACUAGGUGAUAGUGGGUAUCCCCUUAAACCAUACCUUUGGACACCUCUUUUGAAUCCAAGAAGACCAGGAGAAAUCCGUUACAGCAGAAGUCACACCAGAACACGCGUGAUCAUAGAGCAGACAUUUGGCAUAUUGAAGUCAAGAUUCAAGUGUCUGCAGCAUUCUGGAAGAACUCUUCAAUAUGAUCCUGUAAGUGCUCCAAAAUUGCAGUUGCUUGUAUGCUUCUCCAUACCAAUUCCUCAGGAAAUUGUAGAAAAUGAUGGCGAGAUGAAUAUUGUAGCAGAAGCUGCUGAAAGUGGCACAACUACAAUUGUGAAGGAUGUUUAUAUGGUGAAGAUUGUUCACAUAAUUGCAGAUUUUUCUGAUAUAGGUCAUUACUAA